AUGGCGGCACAUUUUCGUGACAUGGAGAUACCAGAAUAUGAAGGUCUAUACCUUCCUAAAAUUCCGACAUUUCUGAAGGAUCCGUGUGGUACCCUUAAAUCUAUCAGGGACUUGAAUUUAGGUCCAGAUGCUAUCAUCCUGGCAACGUAUCCCAGAUCAGGAACACACUGGGUGUAUGAAAUGACAAAGAUGUUGCUUAAAGGAAAGGCGGAAUAUUGCAGUAAUUCUAGAGAGACCGUGUAUUUGGAGGGGUUGAAUGACCUUGGUCCAUUGCAUCGUUACAACAGAGUUGUUAGCACACAUGUACCAUUCCAAUGGCUUCCAAAACAACAUGUGGAUGGAUCAGGAAAAAUUAUCUUAGUUAUACGGAACCCUAAAGACACGGCCGUUUCUCUAUUCAAAGCUCUAGACUCCGCUGAAUAUUUCAAAAAUAAAAAUUUCGAAGAGUUUGCUUAUGAAGACUUUUUAGGAACAAAGGCUAUGCACGGAGGAUGGUUUGAAUAUAACAGGGAUUUUCUUCAACAAGCAGCUUACAGAAAGAACCAGAUUAUAGUUAUAACCUUUGAAAAGUUGAAGAAAGACACGAAGGGGGAACUUUUAAGACUCGCCAAAUUUCUUGAUUUAAAAGAAAACGAAAAAUUACUGACAGAUAUAAUUGAUAAAUGUUCGUUCAGCAAGCUUAAAGAGGCCGAUAAAGUCGCCAGAAAUGAUAAUCUGAUGGGUGAUAUGAUGAGAGAAUUGUCAUUAAAUGAGAAUCCAGAAGUGUCUCGAAAAGGUGAGGUAGGGGAUUGGAAAAACUAUUUCACAGUGAAAUUGAACGAAGAAUUCGACAAGACAUACAAGAAAAGAAUGAAGGGAGUUGAUUUUAACCCAGAAUAUGAUUAA